AUGACCACCGCUGCAACACCCCUCCCCCUAACAACCACCUUCACCCCACCCAGCACAUGCCUCCACAACGAAUGGCUCGUCAGCAGCAGCACCAAAACCUGGAUGAACCUGGGUCCCGCACACACCGCCGAAUGUCUCCCCUCGGGCUGGCAAAUCUCCAGUUACUAUUCUCCGGGCCUAUGUCCGAGUGGGUAUCAGAUCGCGGCGAGUGGGAUUGUCUAUGAUGGGACGGUGACGGAGACGGCGGCGACGUGUUGUCCAACGUGUGUUCAUACCCAUAUAUCAAACAUGAUUCAUGGUUAUCAGAACCAUAACCAGAACUGGACCCUAGCCGGCCCGGGACUAGCGCUUCCCAAUUCCAGGGCACGGGAUUAUGCAAUGCUAAAUCAAACAGCCCAAACACUCAAGUAA